AGUGUCCUCAAUUCAAUAGUAAUGAACUUUAUUUUGAACAGAUUGGAAACAUAAAUAUCACCUUUGUAACACGCAAUUUGGAUUACAUGUUUGGAAGUGUUUCGAGCCCGUCUUGCGUUCAAAUCGAUUAACUAAUUGAAUAGCACCAGAACGGAACCAAACGUACAAAAUUCAAUUGAUUUAAUUGUGCAAAUUAAAAUGAAAAGUCUUUGUUUGAGUUUUAUUGCCAUCAUCGUGCUACUUUGUGCAUUGAAAACAAGCGGCGAAUCGUAUUAUGAUGACUACAGUUAUAAGGAUUAUGAAAGUAGUGAAGACUCAGUCACCGACAUAUCGUAUCCUGCAACUACGAUCCAAACAUCAUCUGAUCUUACAACUGAAGGCAAAGUCAUACACAUAGGGGACCCAUUAACAAAAGAAUUAAAAUGCCCAAAGAAUUGUAAAUGCUCGGACGGAUUUUAUCUAGUGGAUUGUUCGCAUCGAAAUUUAAUCGAAAUGCCAAAAAAUGUGCCCUACAAUACGGUUCAGCUAAACAUGAGUCAUAACUUAUUGACAAAGCUUGAUGUCAACGAUUUGAUGAAUUGUACUGAGUUGAGGCAAAUAUUUCUGCAAGAAAAUCGAAUUGAAACCAUUGUCAACGCUGAAAAUUUUGCCAGAUUACCGUUUUUACAUCAAAUCAAUCUAUCCAGAAAUGCGUUGAAACCAUUGCGCGGAGAUGAAUUUUCCCAUGCUAAAAGUUUAGCCGCACUACUUUUGACGAACAAUCAAAAUGUAGUUGCAGCCAAUGUGCCAAUUAUUCAGGCUCCAAAAUUGAAAACAUUGAAUUUAGCUAAUUGCAGCAUCGAUCAGUUCUCGGAUAACACGUUCCAGAAUCUAUCAUCUUUGGUGGCUCUAUACUUGGACAAUAACCCACUCGAUUUGGCAAAAAGUAUGGAUGCAUUUAAUGCGCUAAUUAACCUACGAACAUUGAGCAUCCCAACCGUGAAUCGAGAUGAAGCAUUGGAUUUAUGUCGUAAUUUGAAUGCCAUUGAUAUUAUACACCUGAGUUUGGAGACACAUGAUAUCAGUUGUUUUCUGUUCACAACUGGAUCGACAUAUGAAGAAAGUCUGAUUCCAUCUAUGAAAGUUCCAACUGAUGCACCUUCAACGAGCACUGAACAGACCGCCAGCUUAGCCAACAGUAAUGCUACUGAAACAAUGAAUAAUGACACAAACAAGGGUACUGCAUAUGAUCAAAUGUGCAUGAUCUACAUGAUUAUAAGCGGACUUGCUCUGCUUUUGGUUGUCGCUAUCUUGAUGGGAUUCUGCAUCAUAGGCUCCAGACGAUUUGGAACUGAAAUGUUUGAUCGCAAACGAAGCUAUCGAAAGUAUUACCCGGGUAAUCUUACAGUUGACAAUCAAAAUUACGAAGCCUACGUCAAAGAAGAUCUAACACCAAUUUCAUUGUCCGAUGAAUUUGAAUCCAGUUCUAGAUAGAAGAUGAAUGGUCAAUAAUAAUGUGCAAUAAAAACAAAAUUUAUGGUUUGAUACAAUUAUCACUUUCAAGGCUGUACGUGACAAUAAGCACGGGAUAUAAGAAAUAAAUUUUUUUUCGAUA